UGGGGCGCUGCCGAGUCGAGCGGGGACGAGCCGGGCCCCAUGCGCCUGCCGGGCAUGUCCCAGCCCUUCCUGCUGGCUCCCAUCGCCGAGUGUUCCCCGGGGCCGCCCGGCGCCGAGCUGCGGCUGGCAGUGCUGGGGGCCCGCGGCGUCGGCAAGAGCGCGCUGAUCGUGCGGUUCCUGACCAAGCGCUUCAUCGGGGACUACGAGCCCAACACGGGCAGCCUGUACUCUCGCCUGGUGCGGCUGGACGGGGAGCAGGUGGCCGUGCACAUCCAGGACACGCCGGGCUGCCUCCAGGUGCAGGAGGACUGCGUGCAGGCACCGGACGCGCUGUCGAGGUGCAUGAAGUGGGCAGAGGGCUUCCUUGUGGUCUACUCCAUCACGGACCCCGGCAGCUACCAGGCGGUGCGUCCCCUCCACCAGCACAUCCGUCAGCUCCACCCCGACGCCCGAAUCCCCAUCGUCGUAGUGGGGAACAAAGCGGAUCUCCUCCACGCCAGGCAGGUGCAGGCCAAAGAGGGGCUGCAGUUGGCCAACGAACUGGGCAGCCUCUUCCUCGAGAUCUCCACCAGCGAGAGCUUGCAGGGCGUCUGCGAGGUGUUCCAGUACCUGUGCCGGGAGGUCAGCAAGCUGCAGCACGCCGAGCGCCGCCGCCCGACCGUCAUCCCGCGGCCGCGCUCCCCCAACAUGCAGGACCUGAAGAGACGCUUCAAGCAGGCGCUGUCGCCCAGGGUCAAAUAGAGCUGCUGCCGGGGUCUAGGGGAAUGCCACAGACUUUAUAUUUUUGUAAGCUAGUGAAUAAAUAAUAAAAACAAUCUUUAUUUUUGUAAUAAUGCCAACGGUAUGGAAGUAAGUAUGUUGGAGUGUGCGGUUUCCUUCUCGUUCUCAUUUCUUUGUGAUGGGUUAUUUUUAACAAAAAAAAAAAGAAGAAGAAGAGAAAGAGAGAAAAUGCUGCAUAGCAACUGAAUGGAGAUGGUUGGAGAAGGGGAUUUGCAUUUGCCAGGAGGUUUGGUUCUGCUCUCUUGUGGGCUGGGGUUUGCAGCUGUACUCUGCUCAAGUGAUUAUUUGGGCAUCGGUUUCCUGCUUGUAAAAUGGGAAUGGUGCUGAUGCAGCACUCAUGUAAAAUGCUCAGCCAGCCUUUGGAGGAAAAAGGAAAAGAAAAAAAAGCCAUAUUAAACAUGAAAACAUAAAACUGUCUGUAAUAAUUCCGAUUAUCAUCUUUCCUCCUUCUUGCACCUACAAUCAGCUGAGCAAUGACAUGCACUUAGUAGCAUGCUGGUUUCUGAUCUACUGCAUUGUAGACCCAUCCCAAAGUGUCCCAGGCCCCAGUGCUGAGCAGGACGGGGCUCUGCCACACAUCACCAUGGGAUAAAGAUGAGCAAUCUGCAGUGGAGGUGUGUGUGGGACUGCUGCUGCUUUCUCUGGAGAAAUGCAAUUGGGGGGACUGGUGUGUGGGCUCCAUUAGAGAAAAUAGCUCAUUUAGAGGGAAUCACAUCUCUAUCCUCUCCAGGGCCAUUUUCUAGCCAUUUGGAAACAGGUCAGACUAUAUACUCUGAUUUUACGUAAGCCCUACACCGAUCGGAGUGUUUUUCAGUAACAGUUUGCUGGCUGUCUAAGCACAGAACGUGGGCUUUGCACUUCAAAUGUGCCUCUGAAGUAUGUG